UUUCCAUCUGCCUCCUAAAACAAAAACGGGACCUCCAAUCGAAGCACAAGCAAUUGUUUAUCAUCACACUCAUCACAUAGCUACUCUUUCUAGAGAGUGAAGGCCGAGAUGGGGUUGAGAAAACUGAAAGAAUUGAUGAGCAUAGCCAAAGAAGGACUCGAUAAAUCCUUCAUGGUUGCAAAGUUCUUCUGUGCCCUUCACGUCAUCAACGCCUACCUCUGCACUCCUGCUCUGACGCAGGGUCCUAGUAUGCUGCCGACAUUCAGUCUGACGGGUGAUCUGAUCUUGGCCGAGCGAAUCUCGACCCGUUUUGGCAAGGUGGUUCCCGGCGAUAUCGUCCUUGUUCGCUCAUCGGAGAACCCGAGGAAGAUUGUCGCCAAGCGUGUGAAGGGCAUGGAGGGUGAUUCUGUCACCUACGUUGUCGACCCAAAUAACAGUGAUAGACGCGAUACUUUUGUUGUUCCAAAAGGGCAUGUUUGGAUAGAGGGAGAUAAUAUAUAUGCUUCUAAUGAUUCCAGAAAGUUUGGAGCUGUUCCUUAUGGUCUGAUUCAAAGCAGAGUGUUUUGGAGAGUAUGGCCACCUAAAGAUUUUGGAUCAGUGGGAUGAAAGGGAGAGUAAAAUGAUUCUGUUUCGUAAGUUGAUUUUCUCAGUUUGCUAUAUCAUGGCUGAUUGGAUCGUCUGUGUCUGGAAUUUAUCAUGACGAUGUAUCUUUCAGCAGUUGAUUUUCUCAGUUUGCCGUUAUCUGAAGGAAGUAAUUUUGGCAAGGCAAACUUGCUUCACUUUAGUUCACCUACCUUGAGCUCCAUAAAAAGUUGAUGUAGGACAGAACUGUGGAAUGAUACUGCCUACAAUUUGUUUUAUGGUGAGAUUGGCUUGUUGGUUUGUUAGUAUAGGGCUUACAAAACUGUCAAGAAGAAGAGGGCUGCUUUUUUUCGAUGUAACGUAACCUUGGUUUUUGUUUGUAUAAGUUAAAAUUUUAGUAGAAGUGUUUCAUAAGUUUGAAUAUUUGAUGGAGACCAGGAGUGCAUCUAUGAAAGUAGGAUUUUUUUGAGGGGCCUGACAAUGUAAAGUAGUACUUUAAAUGUAAGAAAAAGUUUAUUAAGACUUGGUUUUAUUUAGUGUGUAAAAAGUUAAGGAAGGAGAUGAAGAUCCCAGGGAUGCCUUCUGUGGGUUGUCACCUUCAA